AUGGGGUUCAAGGCCAGUUUUAAUGCGUUCAUUUACUCCAUAAACACACCUCCGCCAUCCCCAGAUCCUGCGAAAACCUCAAAGCCUCGAAAGUGCCAUACAAAAACCACUACAAGCGAUUCUUCUCAACGCCAACAUGGCCAAAUAUUUGAAAGUAUUCCUUCACAAACCACACAGCGAUCAGAAAGACAAGCUGCUCGGGAUAGAAACAGAUCUGGGCCUGGUGCAGAAGCUGAGUUUGUGGAACUUCAACAUUCUAGUCAACAAGUGGUGAGUUUUGAAGACCCAACUUCUGGCCCAAGACGACCAGACCGGGAAUCUCGGAGACACCGUUCACGAGCAUACGGAAACCGUCCAAGAGCCGGUGAAAGAGCUAGCGGACGACCUACGAGAGAAGCUAGUGAAACUCUGGAACACCAUAGAAACCUGGAGAGGCGAGAGGCUCGCCGAGAAAGGGCACGUCGAAGAACUGGAGAAAGACUACAGGAACGAGACGGCAGAGAAAGAACUCGAGAAAGAGACAGCAGAGAGAGGGCUCAGGAAAGAGGCAAUGACAGAACUCGGGAAAGAAACAACCGAGACCGAAGUAGUCGAGACAGACCUCGCGAGAGGACCGCUCGUCGUGAGGAAAGAACGGUCCCCAGACGCAACCGAGACCACACUGGUCGCAGAAGAAACCAGAUCAACCCUGCCUUUCCUCCUCCAAUUAAUAUCCAGGAAGCCACCAGUAUAAGAAUUCGACGCCCAGUCCCGCUGAUGCCACUGCCUCCACAAGAACCUGACCAGUCGCCCAUUUCAUCACUUUCAACACCAUCUACGCUUCCGGAAGAUUCCUCCGACGAGGUCCCCGAAUACGACGUGAACGAUAUCGAGAUCCCUCCGUAUCGGGCUUCACUUCACAAGUACCUCGACUUGAUGUCGUUUGACCCUCGGUUUGUCCCCUGUCUACGGAUCAACCGGUCGCUUGUACGCAACCACGAUAAGCUCCAGGAAUCCAUCCAUGAAUUCAAACGGUUCAACAAACUUCCUAAUUCGGUAGAUCUCUGGAAGAUCAACCAUGUAGACGAUGCUCACUUUGACGAUAUUCUUCCCGACCUCAUUCCCUAUCCACUGCCACCAAGACAACGCCAUGAAACGAACCACGAAAGCGAGCUACAGCCUCAUGAAUUACAAGCAAUCAAUGAUUAUGACUAUGCCCUAUUCUUGGAGCAACAAGAACAAGCAAUGGCCCACCAAUACGUGCGAGCGUGA